AUGCAGUCCGAGAACAUCCAGCUGUCGCUUUCAAAGCGCGAGAGGGCUCUCCGAGUUCAGAAGCUGCCACUUCUCCGCAUUCCUCCGUGCUCGAACUUGCCUACGGCAAUUGCUAGCGCACCUCUGCCAAGCAAGACCAGCAGUGGUGGGGAGUCUCUGACGGUUCAUGCCACGGCCUUCCCACUCUCUCACAACCCGGAUAAGGGCUACGAGACCACGGGUUGGACCUUCGAGAAGGCAUGGAUCGACAGGCAGAUCCCCGCAUCUGAUUCUCAGAUCUCUCCAUGCACCGUCUCUUAG